ACCCUGGAGGGAGGGCGGGCGUCUUGAGCCACACCAAACACCUCACACAACAAUCUUCAAGUACACUGUCAUAACUAAGCAGUUGAAGGUGACGAUGAGACGCUCGGCAGCACCCUCACAGUUACUCAAGAGAGCAGCAUUCAGUCCACCAUUUGUCGGCUCAAUGGUUAAACGACCGUGCUUGGAUACAGAGACUGGUGAAUCUGGUCUGCCUACUCCAAAGGACGAAAAGCCUGUUACAACAAAAGGGGGUCCACUUCGGAGUCCUUCAGACAUUCUGUCUCUAAUUAAGAAACCCGAGACUGCAUUAGGCAACACAAUGCCAAACUCUUCCAACCAGUGCAAUAGCACUGGAAAUCAAGGAACUUCAUUAAUUGAGUCAAAUAAUGGACAAGAUGUACAUAAUUCAGGAGAGAGAGAGAUAUUAGUGUCUCCACUACAAGAAAGUGGCAGCAAUGCACUGAAACACACUGUAGGGUUUCAUAAAAGAUCACUUGGUAGGCAACUUGAUGUACCAUCGAGAAAGCUCGUCGGAUGUGGAAAACCAUGGCAAAGGCCACAGAUCAGCCAAGGGAAUCAUUACAGUGCAUCAGCAGAAGAGGAAAACCAGGAACCUCAGAAAGAAAAAUAUUAUUCAGUGGUUUGGUGCAAGUUGUCCAGGAAAAAGCACAAGAAUUGGGAAGGGGAUGCUGUGCUGAUUGUGAAGAGCAGGACUGUCAUUCUCAAGGACAUAGAGGGAAAGGAGAUUGGUCGUAGAUCUGGAUACAAGUUGGCAGAUUUAUUGUCAUUAGAGAAUGGUAGUACACUUCCUGUUGGAAGUAAGGAAAUUGAGAUUCAAGACAAAAUCAGUGCUGAGAAAUAUGCAAGUGGUGAAUGUUUUCAAAGCGAAAUAAAACAAAUUCAAAAUGUAUCCAAGGAAGCAAUCCAAUUGUCCAAACCGAAGCCAAAACCUUUUCGCCUCCCUACACUAGGUCAAUCACAUGACAAGUCUGUUAUCACCAGUAAAGACAUUGAGCCUCUGUUUGACCCUACCAAAUAUGAUGCCCUUGUCAUGCCCAGACCGCCAAGCCAACAUCAGUGGGACUAUAACACAAGUAGAGCAACAGUGGUGGAUGUAGUUAUUGAUCCACACAUCAGUAGACAGCUACGACCACACCAGCAUGAGGGUGUCAUCUUUCUGUACGAGUGUGUGAUGGGGUUCAGGCUUGUUGGCAGCUUUGGAGCAAUACUGGCUGAUGAAAUGGGCCUUGGCAAGACACUGCAGUGUAUUGCUCUUGUGUGGACCCUUCUUAAACAAGGUCCCUAUGGUAGAUGUCCAGUUGUGAAGCGAGUUUUGAUCGUCACUCCAUCUAGUCUCACAAACAAUUGGGGCAAAGAGUUCAUGAAAUGGGUUGGGAGAGAACGAGUUAAAGUCUACAUUGUUGAUCAGAGCAACAAGGUUGAACAGUUCAGCAAACAGCAGCACUCAGGAAUUAUGAUUAUAUCAUAUGAAAUGUUUAUGCGUAGUGUUGAUCUAAUUGAAACUCUAAACUUUGACCUUUUGCUCUGUGAUGAGGGACACCGCUUAAAGAAUGUCAGCAUAAAAACCACAUCCCUUCUUGCAAGUCUGAGUUGCAGAAGACGUAUCAUACUUACAGGAACUCCAGUCCAGAAUGAUCUUCAAGAGUUGUUCGCCCUCGUACAGUUUGUGAAUCCAGGUGUACUCGGUUCGUCAGCAUCUUUUCGCAAUGUAUACGAGAAUCCCAUAAUUGCUUCUCAGCAGCCAACUUCAUCACAGAGUGAAAAGGAAUUGGGUACAAGUCGGGCCUCUCAGCUGAACAGAAUAACAUCUCUCUUCACUCUAAGGCGCACCCAGGAUACCAUCAAUAGAUAUUUGCCACCAAAAGUAGAAUUUGUUGUGUUCUGCCAGCCAUCAGACACACAAUUAUCAUUAUAUUCAGACAUAGUACGAUGUAGAAGUUUAAAGAAGUGUUUCAGCCAUGUUGACACAGGAGAUCAUUUGUCAGCAAUUUUAGCCUUGCGUAAACUGUGUAAUCAUCCUGCAUUAUUGGCUGUAACCAAUGACCAAGAAAAACACAGUGAACUAACUCUGGAAGCUGCAAGUUUGCUUCCUGCCCAUUUGAAGCCUGGCAUAUUUGAUGAAAAGGACAGUGGAAAGUUGGCAGUAGUGUCAUGUAUGCUGUGGGCUUUGAAAGAAGUAGGAAGAGAGAGGAUUGUUCUCGUCUCCAAUUAUACAUCCACAUUAGACAUGCUGGCCACACUCUGCACCCGCUACGACUAUCCCUAUCUCAGACUGGAUGGAUCCACACCAACUAACAAACGUCAACAGCUGGUAGAUAGAUUUAAUAGCCAACAUUCCAAUGAUUUUGUAUUUCUACUGAGUGCAAAGGCAGGAGGAGUGGGGUUAAACUUGAUUGGAGCAUCCAGGAUCAUCCUCUAUGAUAUUGACUGGAAUCCUGCCACAGACAUGCAAGCAAUGGCACGUGUCUGGAGAGAUGGUCAGAAAAGGAAGGUUUACAUAUACAGAUUGUUAGUAACUGGAUCCUUGGAUGAGAAGAUGUAUCAGCGACAGAUUAAAAAGCAAGGCUUAAGUGGAGCUGUAGUGGAUGCUCGCGAGUCUGACAGGGUUCACUUCUCGAUUGAGGAACUUAAGGAUCUCUUCACCAUGCAUAGCGAGACAGCAUGCUUAACACACGAUCUCUUAGAGUGUCGGUGUGAUCUUCAGGGCGGAGCUUCUGAGGCUAAACAACAGGAGCAAGUUAUUAAGCAGCCAGAGAGAGCAUGCCAGCUGUAUAGUGGAGGACGCUCUGGAUGUCAUCUCAACACCACCGCCACCACUAUGGACCAACUUCAUAACUGGUGCCACUUCGCUCCACCUUUUGCACCUGAUGAUGUUAAGAUAGUGACACAGAAGGCCUUGACAGUGAUAAACAUUAUGUACAAGGUUCAGGUACCAGUAAACCAGAUGCGUGUGGUGACGUUCCAAAAGACAACAGUGCACAGCUGUGGGUUUAUCCUCUACUCAUCAUACAUCAGGAUCUAGUGUUCCUUUAGAAAAUAAACUUGUUAAUGA